AUGGCAGUGGUCUUCGGUCGCAAAGGCCAGAGCAAACUGAAGGCAAGCAGCCGGCCCAGCCGGCCAAGCGAGGAUGACGGUAUCGGCAGACCCGGCAGGGGACGGGCAUGCAUCGAGCAUGUCCCAAAACUGCCGAUCCAAAGCGCCUGCUCUGGCCGCCCAAAGAUCUUUCUAGAGAUUGCGAUCUUCCGUGGUGCCUUCUUCGGAGUAGACCACCAGCAAGCCUUGGAGUUUGAGCUGUACCCAGAGGCGGCGCCCAAAGCAGCGCGCCGCCUCUUGGAGGACUGCGCGGCCGGAAGGCUCAGCGACCGCCGACUCACGCAGAUCACGCCAACCUCUGCGCUGUUGGACGGAGCUGACCUGGGUGAACCGGAAACGGAGACGGGGAAAGGACUGCCACACACAGAUCCCGGAAUGCUGUCGGUCUCGCGAAAUGUGGAUUUUGCGGGCUAUAUCCUGACGCUUGCCCCUGCUCCUCGUUUGGACCGCGACCAUGCAGCCGUGGGGCGCCUCAUCACGGGCUCUGCAUUCCUAGACCAUAUCGUGUCGGCACGCGACUCCACCUGCAAGGAAGUUCGCGUAGUGAAUUGCGGCGAGGUUUUAAGAGACCUGUCAGGUUCCGGAAAGGCAGGCACCCAGAGUGGAAGCCGGCGCUCGGCGUCACGCAGUCGGAGCCCCCGCAGCUGA